CCCUCCGCAAAUUGGACGGCUGCACUGCUUACGUUUCUUAGAAUCGUCCAAUAACUAUCUGGCAGGGGAUAUACCCAAGAACAUAACAGGUUGCACAAACCUUAUUGGCAUUGGGUUGCAGAGUAACCGACUGACUGGACAAGUUCCUAGAGAGCGCGGUAGGCUGUUGAAGCUUCAGCGUCUCGUUUUAAUGGUGAACAAUUUGUCAGGAAGCAUACCUCCAAGCAUUGGCAACUUAUCAUCACUCGAGGAUCUUUAUCUCACUUAUAACUACUUAAGUGGGAGCAUUCCUGGGGCUCUUGGCCAACUAGCCAAACCAGACACUUACUUUGGGAUUCAACAUGCUUUCCGGUACACUUCUUGCUUCCCUCUUCAACUUGUCUUCAUUGACUCAAUUUGACGUAUCCUGUAACCAAAUACAUGGAAGUUUUCUUGCAACCAUAGGCCUCACUCUCUCAUCUCUCGAAUAUUUUAACGUCGUCUCGAACCAAUUUGAUGGAUCAAUCCCAUUCUCGAUCUCUAAUGCAACAAACCUACGCAUACUUCCCCUGGAGGACAACAAUCUUUCCGGGAACAUACCUUCUCUUGAAAAUCUACAUAAUCUUGAAUGGUUUUCCAUUCGCUCCAAUCAUCUCGGAAGUGGGGGUUCCCACGACUUGAGCUUCCUUUGCUCCUUAACAAAUGCCACUAGCUUAAAAGAGUUGAAUGUCAUGGAAAACUGACUGGGUGGAUCACUGCCUCAGUGCACUGGCAAUUUCUCCAUUACUCUCGCAGCAUUGGGAGUGAGCGAGAAUGCUAUAACCGGUGAGAUCCCCAGAGAAAUUGGGAAUCUUGUGAACUUAGAAAAGUUGUAAGUGGAUGGCAACAGUCUUUCAGGUACAAUCCCAUUUGACCUGAAAAAUCUUCGAAAUCUUACGUAUUUGAAUCUCUCGGACAACAAGUUGUCCGGGGUAAUUCCAUCCUUUUUGCACAAUCUAAGCAAAUUGAUUUAUCUGUAUCUUGCUGGGAAUAACUUUCAAGGGCGCAUUCCUUCGCAUCUAGAUAAGCGUCAAAGAUUGAUGUCGCUUGAUCUUUCUAGUAACAAUCUCAGCGGUUCCGUAAUCCCGGUGGUCACAAGUCUCUUCUUUUUGAACUUACCCCACAACCUUCUGACUGGGGCCCUUCCCAAGGAAAUAGGAGAAAUGAAGAACUUAAAUUAUAUGGACUUGUCAGGUAACAUGUUAGAUGGUGAGAUACCAAGCAGUCUGGGAAAUUGCGAUGUACUCGUACUAUUAAGAUUGCAGGACAACCUCUUCGAAGGGUCCAUUCCUCAAUCCAUUAGUUCAUUAAGAGGCAUCAAAGUACUUGAUCUUUCAUGCAAUAAUUUAUCUGGUGGGAUUCCAAGGUUCUUCGAGGCAUUUGAUUUGGAAUAUGCAAAUUUUUCUUUUAACAAUUUUGAGGGCUCUCUACCCACUGAAGGAGUCUUUCAGAAUGCUAGUGCCGCAUUUGUCAUAGGAAACGAGAUGCUCUGUGGAGGAAUUCCUGAAUUUCAUCUCCCUGAGUGCAUCUCCGGAAACUCCAAGAGCAAGCGGCUAGUCCAUAUACUGAUACUUUCCAUCUCUAUCCCUUUUGGGCUUCUGGGAAUAGCUCUUCUUCUUGCUUUUUUGUACUCAUGUUGGUUGAAGGAGAAAAAAAAAGAGCCUAUUUCGAGCCCCGUAGGUGGUACAUGGCAGAAUCUAUCUUAUGGAAUUCUCCUUAAAGCAACAAAUGGAUUUUCUUCAACUAAUUUGAUUGGUAUCGGUAGUUUUGGGUCUGUUUACAAGGGUACACUCGAGAAUGGAACGGUUGUCGCUGUGAAAGUGCUGAAUUUAACGCGCCGUGAUGCAUUGAAGAGUUUCAUGGCUGAAUGCAAGGCUCUAAAGCACAUUAGACACCGGAAUCUUUUGAAAAUAUUAUCAGUAUGCUCAAGCAUUGAUUAUUACGGUAAUGAGUUUAAGCUUUAGUCUACAAGUUCAUGGUUAAUGGCAGCCUUGAAGAGUGGUUGCACUGCCAUCAAGAACCAACUGAAGCAGAUGGGCCUUCAAAAACUUUGAGCCUCCUCCGUAGGAUAAAGAUUGCCUUCGACAUUGCUUCUGCACUGGAUUAUCUUCACAAUCACUGUCACAGCCAAAUUAUUCAUUGUGAUCUAAAGCCAAGCAAUGUUCUCUUGGAUGAUGAGAUGGAUGGACAUGUCGGUGACUUUGGAUUGGCGAAGAUCGUCCUUGAAAAUACACCUGACACCAACUCAAAGAUAAGCUCAGCUGGUCUAAGAGGAAUGGUUGGUUAUGCUGCUCCAGAAUAUGGGAUGGGAAGUGUGGUUUCUAGAGAAGGCGAUGUCUAUAGUUAUGGCGUGCUCUUGCUAGAGAUGUUCACCGGAAUCAGUCCCACGGAUGAGAUCUUCAAAGAAAAUUUGAACCUUCGCAAUUUUGUUGAGGAAGCUGUUGGUUUUUUAGUUGAGAGAGGAAAGACAACAGACUUGAGAAAAACGUAUGGAAGGAAAGACAACUUUUAUAACUUCAGCAAACAUUACAAUUUAAAGGAAGGAAAAAUAACCAACCACUAA